AUGAAAAGAAAGGCCUCUGGUCCCGCCGACGCCAAAAAGGCAGCCAAGAAGCGAUCCAAGAACACUCUCAGCGACGAAGAUGCCAAAGCUCGAUUUCGGAAGGGUCUCUUUAACAAGGGCGUCCUCGACAAGCACACCUCGCAGUAUGCCUCGUCGAGCCCCUAUAAGCACGGCGUGAUCACCGGCCUGGUCGACGAUAACCUCCUGCGCAACGUUCGGUCCGAGAUCAAGACGAACGUCCACUUCACCCCUAAGGAAACCGACAUUUACAAGAUCCACCAAAGCGGCGAUCUCGCGAACUUGGACGGCCUAGAUAAUGAAGCGCUAGCGAAACUGCCCUCGCUCCUUGCGCUGCGCGACGCGCUCUACUCGCAAACCUUCCGCGACUAUGUUUCUCACAUCACCAACUGCGGGCCCCUGAGUGGGCGCAAGACCGACAUGGCCAUCAACGUCUAUACCCCUGGCUGCUACCUACUGUGCCACGACGAUGUCAUCGGUUCUCGCAAAGUCAGCUACAUCUUGUACCUGACCGACCCGGACACACCUUGGCAGCCCGAAUGGGGUGGCGCAUUGCGGCUGUUUCCUGUGGUGGAUCGCAAGGGGAAGGAUGGUGAGGUGGCCAAGACACCUUUACCCGAUGUCGCCAAAGUCAUUCCGCCAGCAUGGAACCAGCUAUCUUUCUUCGCGGUACAACCGGGCGAGUCAUUCCACGACGUCGAAGAAGUGUACCACGCCGCGUCCAACGAGGAGCUGGAGAAGAAUGGCGGGCGGAUUCGCAUGGCUAUUAGCGGCUGGUUCCAUAUUCCCCAACCUGGGGAGGAUGGGUAUGUCGAGGGAGCCGAGGAAAAGGCGGCGCAAAAGAGUGGCCUGAUGCAACUACAAGGCAACCCUGAUCAACACGACCAACCCCAGGCGAAGCCGGUUGAGGUCGAGGACGAGGAUGAUGAAGACAGCGACGAUUUCCCUCUGGACGCGGCGGAUCUCGAAUUCCUGCUCAAAUAUAUUGCCCCGACCUACCUAGUGCCCGACACGGUCGAGCGCAUCGCGGACCACUUCGAGGAGGAGUUUAGCAUCACGUUGCCAGACAUACUGCAUCCCAAGUUUGCCGAAAAGCUGCGGCAGUACGUCGAAUCACAAGAGGCAAAGACGACACCACAGGACAGCAAGGAGAUCGAGAAGGGCGCAUGGAAGGUUGCCCGCCCGCCACACAAGCACCGCUAUCUUUACCUUCAGCCCGGCCAGAAGAAACUAGAGGAUUCGCCGUUGAAAGAGCUGCUUGAGGUUCUGCUGCCGUCUAAGCAAUUCCGCCUCUGGUUGCAAAUGGCGACGCGCUCUCACAUAGAAAGCCACGAUCUUCUGGCCCGGCGGUUCCGCCACGGCAAGGACUACACACUCGCGACUGGGCACGAAGGCAAGCCGAGGCUGGAAGUGAACAUUGGGCUGACCCCCACAGAGGGCUGGGGCGACAUCGAAGAUGACGAUGCGAGCUCGGAAGCCUCGUCAGAACCUGAGGAGAGCCACAGCAGCAAGAACGGAAAGAAGACUGCUGCAAACGGCAAGAGCAAUGCCAACGAUAAGGCCAAGGGGAAGGGGAAGGGAAAGGCAGUCGACCAAGACGUGGACAUGGACGAUGAUAAAGAAGAGGAGGUUGGCGGCCACGAGGUGUACAUGGCUGGCGACGACGACGACAACGAAGACGCUGCCAUUUACAAGAGCAGCGCCGACGACGACAACAUCCUCUUUUUCCAGGCGGCGGCGUGGAAUAAGAUGUCCAUCGUGCUCCGCGACAGCGGGACUCUGCGCUUUGUUAAAUAUGUUAGCGCCAGCGCAAAGGGUGACCGGUGGGACGUCAGCGGCAUGUUCGAGAUCGAGGAGCAAGACGAGGACCCGAGCGAGGGUGGGGUUGGGGUGUUGGACGAGUCCGAGGAGGAGUUCAAUGGGUUUUCGAGCAGCGAGGAGAGCGAGUCGGACUAG